AUGUAUUUCCGGGACCUGAAGGUGGAGAAGAAACCCUUUGAUGUCAAAGUAAAACCUGUGGCUCCAUUUUCAUGGUACAGUUUAAAGGGGCCAGAUAACCCCAAGGACAAGAAUUACAAGCCACCUCCCUCUGCCCCAACUGGCCAGUCUGAAGAGCCGGUUGUGGUAGAGCCAUCCAUAGAGCCCUCCACUGAGCCUAUCUCCACUGAGCCUGCCUCUACGGUCGCUGACAUGCCUCCCGGACCUUCCUCUACUGCUGGUCCCUCUACUUCAGCUAGCCCGGGGAUUCCAUCUUCCCGGGCCCAUCCUAUCACUGCCCACCAACUGAGCCAGACACUGCAUAGCUUGAACAACUGGAUGUCACUUGCAUCAUCCAAGUUGCCCACAUUGUCUUCUUCUAUUGCGGCUCAGUCGGCACCACAGCCAGCGCAGAUUCCACAGUUUGAUCAACAAAGUGACGACAUGUCAAAGUUCGGCUCAAAAGGAGUAAAACUUGCUCAAGUACAAAAGACAGGGCAAACUAAGGGCAAAAAGGCCUAG